UAAAAACCUUAAGGGAGCGAGAAAGAGUAGCGGCGAGCAAAAUGGUGCAGCGUCUUGUGUACCGGUCGCGACAUAGCUACGCCACCAAAUCGAACCAGCACCGCAUUGUCAAAACCCCAGGUGGCAAAUUGGCGUUUCAAACCACAAAGAAGAGAGCCAAUGGACCCAAAUGCCCUGUUACUGGCAAACGUAUUCAUGGAAUCCCUCAUUUGAGGCCUACCGAAUACAAGAGGUCUAGAUUAUCAAGAAACAGGAGGACUGUGAACCGUGCAUACGGUGGAGUCUUGUCUGCUUUAGCAGUCAGGGAAAGGAUUGUACGAGCAUUCCUUGUUGAAGAGCAGAAGAUCGUGAAGAAAGUUUUGAAACUCCAAAAGGCUAAGGAGAAAGCAGCUCCCAGGGCUUAAAAAGUCUUUUAUUUUAUUUUUGAUUUUGGCCUUGAAAGGAGGAUACAUCUUUUACACUAUCUUUGUCUCUGACAUUAUGAAUUAUAUACAUAUUUACGGAUUUACCUGUCCGAGUGUCUUUUACAUUUUAGUCUGAUUGACUCUUUUAAGUACGUGUAGGUGCCAUGGCUGAUGUAUAGAAUGAACUCGAACAUCAUAACAGUAGGAAGAUAAACCAGAAUGAGCUAGAUAGCAUCUUCCUGGAGGAAUGAUUUCUGUCUGAUUCCAAUUUUUUUGACUUUUCAGCUCUAGAAAAGAUUUGUUUUUGGUACAUAUAUAGCUUUAUAUC